AUGCAGCUCUUCAAGAAGUCAUUUGCCACGAAUCAGCAAGUGCUCCCAGUUGGGCUAGCACUACUCCGCCGUAUUGACCUCUGGGGUGACCACCGGAAGUGGUACAAAUUCGGACUGCUGCAAUCGUGCAUGUUGGUUGCGCUAAUUGGUCCGAAGGCCAUUCUCGGCUCCGGUCAAGAUGGGUUUGACUCGAAGGCGCGCAAUUUAGCGGAGAUGAUUUUUCUGACUGAGAUUUGCAUUUCGAUGAUGAUUUUUUUCUAUAGAAGAAAUUCGUUCGAGCAGCUGAUCAAAGUUUUAAAGCACUUUUUGCAAGAGGAUUGGCCACAACCAUUGCGGAAAGAAAUUGGGUUGUUCAAUCGGCGAAUGCACAUGUUUGCCCAGCUGUACGUUGUUUAUCUAGCGAGCAUGGUUUCGGUGUUUUUGACCGCCCCGAUAGUGUCAACGAUCGUAAAAAUGAGCCUGGUUGACAAAGCGGAUAGGAGUGAUUUUUUACUCGUUAUGGAAGUACAAUUCUACUGGCUGGACAUUCGACGCAACAUUUUCCAUUAUGUAAUCUACAUGAUAUUCUGUUGCACGGCGAUCCUCUGUUCAGCCUACCAAAGUCUCAUUAAGGGAUCCGUAUUUCUCGUGAUUAUACAAUAUGGUUCAAAAUUGUUUGAAUUAGUAUCGAAACGCAUCACUGCCAUGGAACAACUGAAUGGCAUAGAAGAACGUCGUAACGAACUUCGUAAAAUAAUUGAACUACAUAAUCUGGCCUUGGAAUAUUUGGAACACGUGGAAACCACCGUCAACUUCAUUCUGAUCAAUCAAUCGAUGAAUUGUAUACUGAUCUGGUGCUUGAUGAUGUUAUACAUUUCGACGAACUUCGGACCGAAUGCGGCCAACGUAGUUCUUCUGUUCAUUGUGCUGAUUGGCGAAAUGGUUGUGUACAGUAUCAACGGAACUCGUCUUAGUGAUGAGGCAUCCAAGGUUGCAGAUGUGAUGUACGGGUAUCCGUGGUACCAGGAGCCUGUCGACAUACAGAGAAGUGCCAUCUUGGUGAUCCGGCGUGCUCAGAAGAAAACCGGUAUUACAGCGGCAAAGUUCUAUUUCGUGGACGUGGCGAGAUUGGGAUCGAUGAUUCAAGCAACAUACUCGUACUAUCUGGUUCUGAAAGAUACGAUCUAG